AUUUGAGAGGACAAUAAUGAAGAAAGAGAUAAGAGGCAACAAAACAAAACUAGGGAAUGGCGCAGCAAAUCAUGUGUUUACACUUACUAUCAACGCCAUCCAUCUUCGCUGCGUCUGCUCCUUGUAUCACUCUUCUUCAACCUCAUCAAUGGAGUUCGUGUCGCCUUCCGUCGCUAAAAUCUUCUUUCUCAUCCACCAAACUCAGAGCAUCCUUUGAAGAUAUUGCCAAUGAUACUUCUGCCACUCGUCUUGUUCAGCCUAACCAAGGAGUAGCGGAUAGUAUUAAAGUGUUAAAGAAUGCGGCAAAAACAAGGAAGGUGGACAAAAACGAAGUUUUAUCAGCACUUUCGUUGAUUGAGAAGGCGAAACUUGAUCCUUCGGAAUUCCUUGAAACACUUGGUGGAACUAAAUCACCUGGAAGGACCUGGAUGCUUGUUUUUACUGCUGAGAAAAAACUCAAGGGUGGGCGAUAUUUCCCUCUUACUGCUGUCCAAAGAUUUGAUGCAGAGGCGAAGAUGAUUGAAAAUGGUGUGUACCUUGGUCCGCUAGGGAGUUUGAGUUUUGAAGGCAGAUUUUUAUGGAAGAACAGAAUACUGGCGUUUGUUUUUUACUGCAUUCGCAUAAAGAUUGGACCAUUCAAUCCUUUACAAAUAAGCCUGGGAAGUCAAGACAAUAAGGAGCCAGACAACAAAGGUCCCUUCUUCAUAUGGUAUUAUGUUGAUGAGGAGAUAGCAGUGGCUCGUGGCAGAAGUGGUGGAACAGCGUUUUGGUGUCGUUGUAGCCGAGUUACUAGUUCUUGAAUCUCCCUGAAGCUCGCACCAACACUUCUGGAGUUCCUGUAAUUUUUUUUCAACACUUUUAACUUGAAUUAUUUCAACUAAAAGGGCUUAUGGUACAGCCGUACAGCUAGUAUGCAACAUAGUGAAAUUUAGCUUUGCAUUGUACAAGAACUGUCUGUGUUUCUGUAUAAAUGUUACAUGUCCUUGAUCUUACACUUAUAAUACAUUAGUCUUAUGUCUCUA